CACGUGAGUCCGUUGGCGUCGGGCGGCGCCGGUUGAUGACGUCACAGCGUCGCGGGGCCGUGCGGGAGCGCUGCGGGAAUGGAGGAACGGGAGCGGCUGUGCCGGGAGAUCCGAGUGCUCCAGGGUCUCAUAAACAGCCACAGGAACAUGCACGGGAAUGUCCCACGUCCGGCACCAUCGGCUCCUCCGAGGUGGAACAACCCCCGCCAGCCCGGCUACACCAGGAGAGGAGCCUUUUCCACCAGGUACCCCCAGCAGGCUCCCAGGAAUUUCCACCCGCGCCAGACUCACUCCUGGAGGAAAAAAUACUCCCUGGACAACCGGCUGCCGGGAUCGGGGUAUGACGCUGGAAGUGCUUCCAGCACUUCCCAGGGUUUUGGGAGCCUUGGGGACGGCCAGACUCCUGAGGCACCGGAAUCGUCCCCGGAGAGACACGUGGACUUCACCACGGAUGGGAACAUCGUUGUGGAUAUCCAGGUGCCACAAAGGGCUGGCCAGGAAAAUGUGGGUCCUUACGGAGACUUUUCCAGGCGGGAAGUGGCGGUGGCUCCUUCGGCGGAUGGAAACAUCCAGAAAUCUCUUCUCCAGGAAGAAGAGAGAAGACCUUCCCUAUCCAUUUCCUUCAGUUCCACCUCGAGGACUGUGUGCCUUCCUGGCAGCGGAGCUGGGAGCUCCUUUUCCACCUCUGGAAGCACCAGUGAAAGUGCCGUGGCGCUGAAGUCAGAGCCACAAAAACCUUUGGAAUUUCCAGGUCAGGAGCCAGCCCAGCACUCGGUACAGAUCAAGGCAGAACCACUCUCUCCAGGGCAGCCGAGUGGUGAGGAAGCCCAGGAUGCUUCCCUACAUCCCAAACUCUUUGGGAAUGCCGAGAUGCUCUCUCAACCUGCUCAGGCAGGGGUGACUGUGGUGAGGAGCAGACUUCCCGUAAUUCCCAAAGCUCCUGCUCUCCAAAAAGCUGCCUCAGCACCCAUCUCCAGCAAAUCUCAGAAAUUCAGGAAAAACAACUACACCUGGGUGGCAAACCCUGGGAAAAGCUCUCGGAUUGUGAAGAGGUGGGCGAGCCCUCGAGCCGAAAUUUCCAAGAAGGGCCUUGGAGGAGUGGACAAAGGUGCUAAAAUCUCCCCCAAAGCAGAUUUGGGAGCGAAAAUAAAGAAAUUGGGAUUGCAGUCCAAGCUGGGGGUUUCUCCCAGUAAAUAUAAAUGGAAAGCCUCCAGCUUGCAGACUUUGCCUUCCACUUCCAAGUCAGCAUUCCAGUGGAGAUCCGAGGACCAGAAGAAGGCUCCAGCCCCAAAUAUCCCUCGAACCGUCUCUGUCCCGCCGGCUCCGAGCGCGGCAUCCGUCGUUCCCGGUGGGAUGAAAUCCUUUGGAGAGGCUGCACUGUCCAGUUACAAAGUGAAGAGUCGGACAAAAAUCAUCAAGAGGAAAGGGAAUGUGGGUUCCCCCACGGAUAAGAAGAACAUCUCCCCCACCACAGCUCUGAAGAGCCGCUUCCACCUCCGGAGGAGGAAUUCCAUGCGGGGAAAACCUUCGGUGACGGCGAAGCGCUCCUCGCCCCGGGGCCUGGUGCAGAUUUCCAAGCACCGGCUCUGCCGGAUGCCGGCAACCAGGACACAGGCAGCCACCAAGGAAGGAUCCAACUUCCACUUUGUAAGGAGCCCCCCAGCCAACAAGGUGAUAAAGACACGCUACAGGAUCGUGAAGAAGAAUGUGGUGCCUCCAGCCUUAUCAUCCUUCACCAGCCCCAUUCCCACCUGGAAAACCAGGCGCCCCGUUACAUCCAGAGACGGAAUGACAGCUGGGAUAAAUGGAGCUGGUUCAUCCUGCUCAAAGCAGCUUCUCCUGCCCGUGGUUCGUUGGAUGUUGCUUGAGCUCCAAGGAUCUGUUUACUUGAGUCGAGAGAAGCAGGAACAGAGAUCCCCAUUGUUAAACCAAACCCGACCCUCACUCCAAGGUGGCAAAUCCCAGCUCGUCCAACAGCGCUGGAGGAACAAAGGCUUCCGCUGCAUCGGCGGCGUCAUGUACCGGGUGUCGGCCAACAAACUCUCCAAAACUUCCAGCAGCCCUGUCCGUGUCAGGGACCUGGGCACCAAAACUCCCAUCAGAGCAGCACUGAGAUUGCACUCCAUACCCAGUCCUGGGGUCUUUACACCCAGCCUGAGCAGAUCCUCAACGUGCCGAUACAUUGCCAGCCGUGCUGUGCAGAGGAGCUUGGCCAUCAUCCGUCAAGCCAAGCAGAAGAAGAAAAAGAAGGAAUAUUGUAUGUACUACAACCGCUUCGGGAAGUGCAAUCGGGGCGAGAGCUGCCCCUACAUCCAUGAUCCAGAGAAAGUGGCCGUCUGCACCAGGUUUCUCCGUGGCACGUGCAAAAAGACGGAUGGGACCUGUCCAUUUUCCCACAAAGUGUCCAAGGACAAGAUGCCAGUGUGUUCCUACUACUUGAAGGGGAUCUGCAGCAACAGCAAUUGCCCCUACAGCCACGUCUACGUGUCCAGGAAGGCAGAAGUGUGCCAGGAUUUCCUCAAAGGAUAUUGUCCCAUGGGAGAAAAGUGCAAGAAGAAGCACACGCUGGUUUGUCCUGACUUUGCCAAGAAAGGUGUCUGCCCUAAGGGUGCCCAGUGCAAACUCCUGCACCCCCAGAAGAGACGUCACCCACAGCAGGGUGGAGGUGAUGGAGACCACAACAACCCCCCUUGCAAGUGGAGACGGAUCCAGGAGGCAUCAGGCAGGAAUGAUCCAGCUCAGCUCCAGGAUGAUGGGGAAAUUCCCGGCCCCUCCAGUGCAGAGCAAGAGGUGAAGUUUUGGAAAGAGGAGGAGCCCAAGCCAAGCAGCUGCCUGCAAAAGCUGCCAUCCUUCAUCUCUCUCCGAUCCCCAGAAUCUCCCGGUUCCCUGGGCUGCAAAGAGGAGAGGGAUGAGGACGAGCCAGAGGAUGAACCAGGCAACACCAAAAGGAGGAGAAUGUUCCCAAGGGCAUUCCUGCAGGAUUCUGAGAACUCCCUUGUGGGUGGCAGAGGGAAACGGCUGCAGAUCAAGCCCCGGCUGUGAGUCCAUCCCAAUCCCGUGGCAGCUGACCAGCUCAGGAACUGGAGAGCCAGGGAAUGACCUGGCACCUACCUCAGGAUGCCAUGUCCAGACAUGGCACCCCCCCCUCCUCCUCUUGCUUUUCCGGGAUGUCACUGGGACACGGAGCCGUGUGGCAGCGUGGGAAUGCACCGCUCGUUCCUUCAGGGGAGCAGCUUUGUUUGGAAUCUUUGAAUUGACCAAUAAAUGACCUUUUCAGUUGGUUUGUUGAAGGCAAGUCCUGCCAUCUCCUUGGAUGCUCGUGGGGCUGGGAAGAGCUUCCCAUCCUCAUCCAUCCUCCGGUGCUGUCCCUGCCGCAAGGUGAUAGGGGGACCUGAGGUGGUUUAAUGCCAUCAGGUGACAUUCCCACAUCCAAAUCAGGACAUAUUAGGGACAAGUCACUGUGCUGGGAUGUAAUGGGUGUAAAGCCCCCACAGUCCUGAUCCCACCAUUCCAAGAGCCCAUCCCACUCCAUUCCCUUGCUUUUGGGAGGAGAUUUCCUGGAGCUGAGAGCAACCCUUGUGGAAAUGUGUUGGGAGUGGUGCUGAGGUCACAAUCUGCAUUUCGGGAUCUCCCAUGGCCCAGUUGUACCUGACCCCCCCCCCCCUUCUCUGCCUAUGCCAGCAGGGGUUUGGGCUCCAUUGGGAAAGCUGAGCCAGCUCUCCAGGGUUUGGGGGUUUUUGGGGACUCUCCAAAUCCAAGCAGGAACAGAGUGAAGGAACACUGGAACAAUGGGGUUUUGCAUCCAUAGGUAAAACUUCCAAGGGAUUUUGGGGUGGCAGGUGCUGUUCCCCACACAGAUGUGAUUUGUGGGAUUUGCUCAUCCACAGCCCCUCAGGCAAAAUCCUGUGGGGAAAAGGAAUCAGAGGGAAUUGGGAAGGACUGGGGCUCCCUGAGGAUGCAGUAUCCAGGUGUGAUCAGAGAUGGGGUAGGAAAUGACAGUGGGUGGUGGCUUCACCCCCCAAACAGGUCCCCACAGGGGGGUUCCCUUCACCAAGUGACCCCCAUGGAGGGGUUUUGUCACCAUCCCAAAUCCGCAACAUCCCCCAGGCACUGGAGGACCAGCAGAUCCUCACCCUGGGAUGUCACUUGUGCCCCAGGGUGUGUCCAACGAGUUGAUUUUUAAUAAAAACGACGUGGUUUUUGUUGAUAUGAAAA